GCUAUCAAAAAAUAAUUAAUAUAGUUUUAGAAGAUAUCAAAAUUUCUAAUUUCAAAAGAAAAAAGUCUAAACAGAAAAAUUAAAAAUAGAAAAAUGGAUUUUGAUUUUUUAGGUGAAAAUUUUAGCGCUGAGGAGAUUGAGCUGUAAAAAUAGGAGUUCGAGAGAAUACAGUAAGAAAAAUUAUAAGAGGCUUUGUUAAAGGAGAUGUAAAUGGAAUAAGAUUUUAACCAAAAUAUUUAGAAUGACAUUCAGAACAUAGGAGAUUAUUAAUAAAAAGCAUCUGAACCAAGCAGCAAUGCAGCAAAAAAGAAAUAAGAUAAUUAAAGAAACAAAAAAAAGUCUCCUGCCGCUGCCAGAGAGAAUUCUAAUAAAAAUAUUUUUGAUGUAAGGAAUUUAAAUUUAGAAAAUGAAAUUGGUAUGACUUAGCAAGAAAUAGAAGUGAUUGAUCAGAGUUGCAAUCAGAUUUUAACAGAGGAAAAUGUUAAGUAGUUAAAAGAAAAGUAUGAUGAAUUAAAAUAAUCAGUUUAGUCUUUAUUUAAUAAUGAUGAUAUGUACAAGCAGACGAAAGAAUAGCUUAUCUAAUUUUAAAAGUCCUUCAUAGAUGCAAUCAGAAUGAAUGAGUAGCAAAGUAGUAGAAUUGUUACUAAUAAGAUAAGUGAGUACCUUGCAAAUAAGUUUUCUAAUGAGACAAAUAGAGAUUUGACUAAAAUAUUUAUGGACAUUCUUAUAAAAUGCAAAGAAAAAGAUAUAUAUUUGGCUAACCGUCUAGAAAUCAUAAGACAAUUUUAAAAGUACAUUAUGACAGGUAUCUUAAAUGGCGUUGAUUGCAAUAUUUUUAGGUGCAUCUGUGAGCAUGAGCUUAAUGAAAUAAUAUUUCAAACAGUCGAACAAUAUAUAGAUGAGUGCAAAAAAACAAACAUAAACAGAAAAGAUCUGAAUACAAAUGCUAAUUAGGUAGAUGUAUUACACUUGCAACAAAUGUAAGAUUAGCAGUAAAAAAAUGAUGCUAACAUUAUAGAGAAAGAUUUUAUGGAUUUGGGAAUCAACUAAGUAAUAAAUUACUAUAUUAAAACCUCAGAUAAUUUCAACGAAAAUAUACUCAGCAACAUUUUAGAAGUCUAUGCAUAGUCAUUAACCUAAAUAAAAAAUAAAUUAAAUUAGGCGCAAUAAAACAUAGAAAAAGUGGAGAAAUCAGCCUUCAAGCAAGAAAAUCCUAAGUAUUUAAAUGGAAGUGAAAAAUGUUUAAAAAGGCUUGCAAGAGCUAUCUAUUACAGGAAAGCCCAACAAAAUAUUAUUGAUACUAUUGACUAUUUUGAAUAAUUGAAUAAUCAAGUGAAUCAUAUAAUCAGUUAAGAGAUCAACAGAGGUCUCAGUUUAGUUAGUGAAAAUCAAUAAAAUUUACAACCAAUUUUCUUUUUAAAUUUUUUUGACCAUACUAUCAACCAAAUUGUGUCCAUUUUUGCAGAAAAAACAAUUCCAUAGUCUCUAAAAACGCUUUUAGAAGAAGAAUAAAGCUUGGACCAUGUUAAAGCUUCAAUAAUAUAAUAAAAAAAUGAACAAAUUAUCUCAUUCCAAUAGAAGAAUCACCACCAAUAAAAUGAAGAAUCUAAGAAGAUCAUGGAUACUAACUACUUUAACGCAUUUAAAGACUUGAUCUAAAGUUUGGCUUUUAAGUCUAAAGAGUGGUCUAGCUAUUUUGUUGUGAGCAUGUCUAAAUUUGAUGUUAAAAAUGAUGCCAAAAGCAAAUAUUGUUUGAUGCUUCAUGAAAUAACUUUUGGUAAAUUGAAAGAAGUUAUGAGUCUUCAGCAAGAAAAAUAUACUAUGGUGAAAAAUGCAUAGAAAAUUAUUUAGGAUUUAUGGUUAAAACUUGAUGAAGACCUAAAACACUUGAAUUUUAAAGCAUUCUGCAUUUAUUUUAGAAAUUAUAACAGUUUUUCAGAUUAAAAUAUGAUGCAGGGUGAAGAAAAUACAAUUUCUAUAAAUUUUAAAGGUGAUCAAGUCAAAUAUAAAAUAUGCUUCUUGCAAUUAAUCAUUAAGCAAAAUAUGAAAAUUUAAUAGGACAAGAGGGAAGAAUUUAUUGAUUUUCUGUUAAAUUUGAUCAAGUAAAUUGGAAAAUUUAACCAUAUCUUAACUUUAUUCUUCUUCUAUCUCUAUGAAUAAUGUUAAAAUAAAGAAAUUUCUCUUGCUACAUUUUCUUGUGAGGACUUUAAAAAUUAUGUUUAUAACACUAUUGCUGAAGCAUAAGUUUUUGGAAAAUUUUAUAAUUUCUCAGAGACUGUGAAUAAUUUCUCACUUGCUUUUGAAAUCUGCUAACUUAUUAACAGGUUAAAUGUUGACUAUGAUAAAUACUAUAAUCAGCACAUUGAUGAGCUUAAUUAAAAUGUAAUUAUGAAUAGAUAGUCUAAGAAUGUCAACAUUCGCUACUUCCAGCACUAUUUGAACAAAGAUUAGUAAUUAACAGCAUUCAUAGUUGGAAAAAUUUUUGGCAACUUCACAAUUGGAGUUUAAAAUUUCUAGAUAGAAUUUUAAGAAGACACAAAGCCUAUUUUAUCUUUUACUACCUACUAUUCUUAGUUCUUAUUUACCCAAAUCUUUAACGAAAGGUAUAUCAGAGACAAACUAGAAAUCCUUUUCUAUCAUUUCUGCUGCUUCCUAAAAGAAAGAGUCAGCUAAGAAACAACUCUCGUAGAGUUCAAUCCUACACUUUUAGUAAACUUCUAAAGUUUUAUUCAAGAAAUAGAGAAUUAAUUGAAAAUUCCUCUAAACCAAAGUAUAAAUGUAGAGGGAAUAUCUAAUUAAAUUAUCUAAAAUCCCUAUGAAGUAUAAUAGCAACAGAUUCAAUAGCAAUUGUAUCAAUCUCCUUCAAAUUAGCUAAUAAACUUUUAAAAUGAAUAAUAAAAUGAAAUCUAACCAAAUUAGUAGAAUAAUGUAGGGCAGCAUUUAUACAAAUAAAUUAUUGAAAAUUUUUAAAUCUCUAGAAAAUAAGCAGAUGCAAAUGAAGAAGAAUAAGUCAUUUAAGAAAAAAGAAUGAAUUAAUUAAACAUUUAGCAAGACAUAGAUAACGAAAAGGCUGAAUUAGAAAAUUUUAAGCAAAAGAUUUCUGAAUUAGAAAACGAAUUGGAGAAUCUCAAGUCUUAAAAUCAAAUUAAAGAGUAAGAAAUUGCUUAGAUUAAGUAAGAACAUUAAGUAUAGAUUUAAAAUGAGUAGAAUAAAUUACUUUAGCUUGAAGAGGCUUAAAAUAAUUAUUUGAAGCUAAUAUAAGACCUUGAAAAUAAUAAAAAUAUUAAUCAGCAAGCUGAUCAGAAAAUAUAGAAUUUAUAAUAUGAAUAAAACGAGGAAUACAUUUAAGCUUUGUAAAAUGCUUCUGAUUAAAAAUUGAGUCAAAAGCAGAAAGAAAUAGAAGGACUCUAACAAGAACUUUUACAAAUAUAAGAAAAUUUAGAAUCAAUUAAUUAAGAGCUAAAUAGGAGUUAAUAAAAGAUAAUACAUAACAAAGAAGAUUUAUUAAGAAUUUGCAAUGAAAAAUAGGAAAUUCUUAAUUAAGUGCAAGAAAAAGAGAGAUUUAUUAAAUAGUAAGAAAUUUAGCUCAUGGAAUUAAAAUAGAAAUUGCUUUAAGCUGAAGAAUAAUCAAAAAUAUUGCAAGAAAACAGUUAAACAUUAAAAAAUCAAUACAUGGAAAUCGAAAAUAAACUCCAAAACUCCAUUUAAGUGGAAGACGUAAAGUAGCUUAUGGCUCCUAUUUACGAUUCUUUCAAGUAACUACAAAUUAACUCUAGCACUCUUCUCUAGAAUCCUUUAAUAUCCCCAAGUUAAGUAAUAUUGAAUUAAAUUGACGGUGAGUAAUUUGAAUAAGAUGAGCUUUUUAAUUGCAAAGAUUACUACUCAGAAUCAAUUAAGUUUAUUUUAAAUGACAUAAAAUCUCUUAACAAGCAAAUUAACUAAAUUAACAAGCAGGUUAUUUAAUUAAACUUAGCAAUUACAGAUACUCAUAGUAAAUAAUAAGCUCAUUAACAAAAUUAAAUUUAUGAGUUUUCAGAAUAAAUUGCUAAGAAGGAAUGCCUUUUGAAAGAAUUACAAGAAAAAAUUGAAGCCAAAAUGAAUUAAUUAGAUGAAAUUGAAAAUCAAAAGAUUUAAUUUAAUGAAAUUCAAUAAAAAGCUUUGUAAAUGAAUCUCGAUUUAAGUAAAAAUGAGUAAGCAUAAAAUUAAAUAGAAGAAUAAAUCAAAAAAAAUGAAGAGCUUCAAACAAAUUUAAAUAAAAUGCAUGAUGAUUAUCAAAAAAUAAUCGAAGAAAAGGAUUAGUUAUUAUAAAAAAUAAAUGAUUUAUAGGAGUAAAACUAGUAAUUAAUAAAUUAAUCUCAAUAAUAUGCUCAACAACAACAUUUCUAAUCUUAAAUUUAUUCAAAAUAAGAAGAACUUGAGUCUAUUAAUCAGAAAAUUAUUUUGAAAUAGCAAGAACUCGAGAGCUUAUCAAAAAUGGUGAACGAAUAAUAGCAGUAAUAAUAAAAUGGCUAAACAAAAGUGAAUAACAUUAUAAUAAACUAAAAUAGCAUAAUUGAAGGUUUGUAAGUUAAUAGCCAAAAAAAAUCUAUUGUUUCUAAUUUGAAUAAUUUCGAAUAUGAGCUCAGUUUAACAAGUAAGUAAUUAUAGCAAUUAUAAAAUGAAUCUAAAAUGGUUUAGCUGCCAACGACUUUAAAUAAUAAAUUAAGUGAAAAUACAGAAUUAUUAAAUAAUUCUUUAAAAAUGGAAAUUGAACAAGAAGUAAAAACUGAAUAUGAUAUAAACUCAUCACCUAUUUCAAGCAGCCUGGUAAAAAUGGAAGAUAUUGUAUAAAAAUCCUAAUAAAAAGAAAAUAAUCCUUUUAAUGAUAAUAGCAGCAACAAUUUUAUUCAGAAUCCCAACCAUUUUUCUUCGUCUAAUGAAAAAUUUAAUGAAUAAAAGUUAGAUAUUUAACCUUUAAUGAACAAAGAAUUUUUAUUUGAAAAUAACUUUUUAUCUCAGUAAUAAAACAGAUAAAUACUAUAAAACUCACUUACGUUAUAAACAAAUUAGAUUGAUUAAAUUUCUUAAAAUGGUAACGAUUCUUAACAUUUCUAUUCUUAAAAAUAUGACAGAUCAAGUAUAAUAAGUCAAACAAUUGCAGCACCUUAUACUAGAAAUUAAAUCAAAAGAAACACCUCUAACUGUGUUAAUGAAAAAUUUGAAUUCAAUUUGAAUUUGUUUUGCCAAAUUUACUACAACCCUGAAUCCAGGAGUAAAUUGAUAAAAUUUUUGAUUGAAAAAUACAAGAUUAGAGUUUUAUUUUUUGACUAUGAAAAUAAAGAAUUUGAAAAUUUAGAUUCUAUAACUUAGGAUAUUAUCAUUAUAAUUGAUAAUUCUUUUAAUGCUUUUAUUUAUAUCUAGAAAACAUAAAGUUUCUUUUCAUGGAAACAAAACCCAAAAUGUAAUAAAUCGAUUAAUAAACAGUUUUUAGAUUAAAAAAUUGGUCAAGAAAUUGUUAAAAAAUAUGGAAAAAUUCAGGAAGAAUUUGAAACAUUUUCAGAUAACAAAACACAUGAAAUAGCAUAGCUUUUAUUUAACUAAUUAUAAUUACAUAAAAAGGAAUUUCUCUUUUAGUUUGUCAUGAAUUCUAAUUUAUUAAGGAAUGUUUAAAUAUAGUUUAUCGAUACACACUUAAAUUAAGCUUAAAUAAAUUAGAUAUUUACAUCAUUUUAAAAUUCUCAAGAUUAAGAAAUUCUAGUACUGGUCUCUUACAAUAGCUUUUUUUAUACUUACAGAUAUUUUAAUAAGAUAAACGGUAGUCUUAAUAGAUUAUACCAAACAUAUGUAAAAUAAAUAUCUUUGAAUCAACAAAAAAUAUUAGAAAUGAUUUAAGAAGAUUAAAACCUAAACUCAAAUUUUUUGGUUUCUAAGUUAUUAACUGAGAUUAAAUAUAGUAACGACUAAGAAUAUCAACAAAUUCUAUUAUUCCUACUUACAUACGGGCCAUUAAUUAUUCUUCAAAAGUUAUAAGAAGGGUGUGCUAAUCCCGAAGAGUUGUUUAAAGAAUUAAAUGAAACUUUCUAAAAUACAGAAAGAUAUAAUUACUACACCCUCUAAUAAGAUUAUAUUUGA